CUCUCCCACCAGGUAGGCCUCCAAUUCCGGAAUUGUCAAAAGGAGCUUGCCUGCGCUGUACUUGUACCGAUGUCUUUCCUCAGCUUUGUGCUGCCUUGCUUUGAUCGAUCCCAUCAAUGCCAGGCAACUCUGCGUGCAUCCGCAUUCUUUUUCUCCAGCUCCCACUGCUCGUUUCCGAGUUUGAAUUUUCCUCGUUUUGACUAGACUACGCAUGUCUUUGAACUGACCUGAUAUCAAAAAUUUAUUCUUCGUCGCUCCUUCUGAGCAUAUAUGGGAGCGAUCACACUACAGCGGACCUAGGACGUCAACAUGUUCAGCAGCAGCAGAAGACAGCCAAGUUCGAACAAUUUCUCGUCCAGAUAUGGAACCAGCAAAUACACCAAGCAGAAGGGUCCAAGCUCUUUUCGAGAGCAGUCCAUUGCAAGAGGGAUACAGAGGUCGGAGUCUGUCAAGUCCUCGAGAAGAGAACAUGCCAGCAGCGCAUCUCAAACGGCAGGCAGUACACUCACUUCUGCGAUCAUUACCAUCUGCGUUGGUCCUGACCAAAGACUAUUUGCUGGUCACGAAGAAGUCCUCUGCCGUUCACCCUUUUUCGAGUCCCUACUGAAGGGCCAGUUCUUCGAGAACCAUUCCAGAAGAAUAAAUCUACCGGAGGAACAACCCGAGAUUCUGUCGGCGGUCUUGGAGUAUCUCUACAAAGGGGACUAUUACCCAAAACUGCUUCACAACAAGAGACGAGACACAUGGGAACUGGAAGAUGGAGCCAACGCCACGAUCGACCAUCAUGCUGCCAAGCAGACUCUGAUGAAGGACACAGUCAUCUACUGUUCAGCCCAACACUACGGACUUGACGAUCUGAAGCGUCUUGCUCUUCGUAAGCAAGGCUUCCGCUCGGGUGUGGCGAUAUCCACUAUCCUCGCCUCUGCACGGUUUGCAUAUAAUCAUACACCAGACUCCGACUCGAAACUUCGAGCUCAGUACCUCACACUCAUCAUUCGUAGUCGGCAGGACUUCAAGAAAAGCGGCCACAUGAAGUUAGAAAUGGAACAGGGCGGCACAGCUUUGUUCUUUGAUCUUUUUGUCGCCAUGUGUAACCAUAUGGAUGACCUCAAAACCAUGCGGUCCCCCUUCACAUCUCCAUUCACUCGCUAGGCUCAAGGAAUGCCAUACUGUACUAUCCCAACUAUCAGAAUGCCAGGCAAUCUCGGGUUGAUCAAAUGUUGGAUGCUGGAGUUAGUGGUGCUUUUUAUCUCUUGCUCCUAUCUGUACUACUAUUCUACGAAGAUCAAAAAAUCUUGAUGCUUUGGGCCGGGAUCCGCUGCCACAAAAGACGAGAAUGUAUGACUGAACAUGUGGCCCGUCCCGCUAGACACGGAACGGUGGUGGAAACGGCUACCUAGAAAAAUAUAUCUCUUGGGGAAUCUCAU